AUGUCUGGACGUGGUAAAGGUGGAAAAGCCAAGACCGGAGGCAAGGCCAAGUCUCGCUCCAGCCGUGCCGGACUCCAGUUCCCCGUCGGUCGUCUUCACAGGAUCCUCCGCAAAGGCAACUACGCCCAGCGUGUUGGUGCCGGCGCCCCUGUCUACCUGGCCGCUGUCCUCGAGUAUCUGGCUGCUGAAGUUCUGGAGUUGGCUGGAAACGCUGCCCGUGACAACAAGAAGUCGAGAAUCAACCCUCGUCAUCUUCAGCUCGCCGUCAGAAAUGACGAAGAGUUGAACAAGCUCCUCGCUGGUGUUACCAUCGCCCAGGGUGGUGUCCUGCCCAACAUCAACGCCGUCCUUCUGCCCAAGAAGACCGCUGAAAGCCAGUCCUAA